AUGACAGCAACAAAAUACGUCUCCCUUCCCUCAACCGACUUCGACGCUGAUACACACAAUUAUCCGCCGUCUCAACACCUCGGCUCUAGCUCUUCUAAUUCGCGUUCUCAGAGAGAGCACGAUGAUGAUGAUAGCUUCGAUGAGAGUGAUAGUUAUGUGCUGUCGAAUAUGCGUGGGAAAAAUAGCGAGAGGGAAAGAAUUUUGAAGGGGAGAGGCGAUGAAGAUGAUACAGUUGUUGAUGUUGAGGAGAAUGAACAUUUACGUGCAGUUAAAGAACCAAGGGGGUUGAAACCGAUUAAUCCAUGUCUGCUGAUUACAACAAUAUUUGUAAUCGCGUGGGUUGGAGCGGCCAUUGCAUACGCGGUAUUUGGAGGAACACCACAUGAUGAAGUGGCCGCGAAUGGCAUCCGAUUUAGAGACGCUAUUGGGGGAAGGUUUAUACCGUCAUGGCGGGUACUAGAAUGGAGUCGCACUACUAGUGAAGAUGGCUUUUUCACAUACAAAGAUGACAGUGGUAAUAUAAUAUUAGAAAACAUUGCGAAUAACACCAAGACGAUAUUCGUACCUGGAAAAGAUAUUGUCGACUCGCUGGGACAGAGGAUUGAUUAUUUCUCAUUUUCAGUGUCACCAGAUUCACAGUAUGUACUACUUGGAACUAACAAGACGAAGCUGUGGAGACAUUCGAUUCGUGCAAAUUAUUGGGUAUAUGACAUAUCAUCAAAAGUUGCAAAACCGCUGACGAAUCAAAUUGGUGAUAACAAACACGCAUUAAUAGCCUAUGCAAAGUGGAGUCCGAGUGGACAUAGUGUGGCAUUCGUCAAAGAUAAUGAUCUAUACAUAUCGGUAGAUUUGAAGGAAGAAAGACGAAUUACAUUUGACAAUUCAGUUGAUAUUUUUAAUGGAAUACCAGAUUGGAUUUACGAAGAGGAAGUGCUCUCAUCAAACAAUGCGCUUUGGUGGUCUCCAUCGGGAAAAUACUUGGCUUAUCUCCGCUUCAAUGAAACCGCUGUUCCUGAAUAUCGCUUUCCCAUUUACCUAGACAAUCGCGAUGGAGCAUAUACGUCCGACUAUGUUAUCAGAUAUCCGAAGCCUGGUUUUCCCAACCCAAUUGUAACACUUCAUAUAUACAACACGGAGAUACCACUUGUUGCACAAUCAGAUCCAGUAAUCAUAAAAGAAGAUUUCGAGGAUGACGAUAGGAUCAUCACCGAAGUCGCGUGGAUAGGAAACGAAAAUGUCUUGAUGCGUGAGAUGAAUAGAGUACAGGACAACAUGAGAGUGGUAUUAGUAGAUGUUGAAACUAGGAAAGGUGUGAUUGUGAGAGAAGAAAAUUCUGAAGAACAAGACGGAGGAUGGAUCAGAGUUGCCCAGACUAUAGUAGCCAUUCCGUCAAAAACAUUAAAAGAAAAGGACAGCUAUAUUGAUGUUGUGAACAACAAUGGUUAUCUUCAUCUUGCUUUAUUUAGUCCUCUACAGUCUGAUAAACCCACAUUUUUGACAAGUGGAAACUGGGAAGUGGUCAAUGGUGUCACUGCAAUUGACCAUGAGAGGAGGUUAAUCUACUUUGUAAGCACUGAAAAGUCGUCCAUGGAGAGACAUUUGUAUUCAAUAAAGUUUGAUGGUACCGACAAGAAAGCGCUGACACCAACGGACCAACCUGGAUACUACUCUGCCGACUUCUCUCCUGGAUGUACAUAUUAUAGCCUACAAUAUGAAGGUCCAGACGUGCCUUGGCAAAAAAUAUACAAAGUCGACGACAAAAACUUUGAAAUAGUGUUGGAAACUAAUAACCACAUAAAAUCGGCGCUUGUCGGCUUAGACAUGCCCACGAAAAGAUUCUUGACAAUCGAUAGUGAAGGAUACCAACUCAACGCCUUUGAGAUUCGGCCUCCAGGUAUGGAUACUUCAGGCCAGACCAAAUAUCCAGUUCUCUUCAAUGUAUACGGGGGUCCGGACUCCCAACUGGUUAGCACCAAAUUUUCUAUAAACUGGCAUAUGUUCCUUGCCUCGUCCCCUCUAUUGAAGUACAUUAUCGUUACCGUCGAUGGUCGAGGCACUGGUUUCAAGGGCCGAGCCUUCAGAGUAGGAAUAAGAAAGCAACUUGGAAAAUUAGAGACAAUAGAUCAGAUAAAUGCUGGAAAAUAUUGGGCUCAGUUAAAUUACGUUGACAAGGAAAAGAUGGCCAUAUGGGGAUGGAGUUAUGGAGGAUAUAUGACAAGCAAGGUUAUAGAAGCGGAUUCCGGAGUAUUUAAAUUGGGCAUGGCGGUAGCACCUGUUACUGAUUGGAGAUUCUAUGACUCUAUAUAUACUGAGAGAUACAUGACAACGCCGGCUAUGAACGCGGACGGCUAUCUUCGGUCUUCUGUUACCAAUAUGACUGGAUUCCGGCAUGCAAAGUUUUUACUUGUUCAUGGAACGGGAGACGGUAAGACACGAUGUUACUUGGGUUCAGAUAAUGUUCAUUUCCAGAAUACUGCUCACUUAAUUGACAAGUUAACACUUGCAUCGAUCCAUAAUUAUCGCGUACAGAUUUAUACAGAUAGCGACCACUCCAUUAAUAAGAACAAUGCCAAUAGAGAACUAUAUUACUUAUUAACCGACUACCUGCGGCGUAAUUUUGGAUCUGAUGGAAAUACGGCAUGGAAUGAAGAGGAAAAUUGGUACAAGAGGCAAUAA